ACGUGAAUGGAGAAACAAAAACUUGCGGCUGGAAGUUUAGAAAAUUCCCGAAGCAGAAGUGUGUUUCAUAUAAAUGUAAACCGUACAAGUCCACUAUAUCUCGGACCCUAAAUAACGAUACACUGAUGUUAAACCAUUAUGUCCUAAAGCACCUAUUACAGAAUCUGUUCCGUAACAAAUGGAGCAUUUCCACCUCAGAUUGUGAAAGCUGAUCCGAGAUCAGCAUCUGAAAGGCUGAAUGGAAACACACACUCCCAUGACAACUAGGAAACUGACGCCGCAGACUCAGUUCUUGCAACAUAACCCUCAACACGACCGUCCACAAUGUUUUAUGCCCGUAGUGUUGUAUUAUACGCCUUACUAAGUAUUUGUUCCUCAAAUGAGAGUAAAAUAAAAAACGCACAGAAACCGGUGCGUCUGUUCACCGAGGAGGAGUUGCAAAGAUACGAUGGGAGCGAGGACGGACAACCAAUUUACAUGGCCAUUAAAGGUGUAGUUUUUGACGUCACAACUGGAAAAGAGUUUUACGGAAAGGGAGCGCCUUAUAAUGCACUUGUGGGCAAAGACUCAACCAGAGCUGUGGCCAAAAUGUCCCUUGACCCAGCAGAUCUCACAUAUGACACUACGGGCCUCUCUGAGAGUCAACUACAGUCUCUUGAGCAGAUAUUCAAAGGCACAUACAAACCAAAGUACCCCAUCGUGGGAUACACAAGCAGACGUGUUCUCAAUGAGGACGGCAGCCCCAAUAUAGACUUCAAACCUGAAGACCAACCGAAUUUCACCAUUAAGGAUGAAUUUUGAUGAUAAUUGUCUUAUAAUAAAGCUAUCCAGAAGACCAGUCAAAGUCUGAAUCAUAGUUGUUUGUGACCUUUGACUGUACUAUAAGUGGGUAUGUGUAAAUUUGAGGUUGUCUGGUGGUCUUUCAGCCUACAAUCAUAGAAAACAUUAUGAUGCAUACUGUCCCACUUGGGUUUUUCCAUGGUGGGCUGCUUUGAAUGUCAUUCAAAUUAGGCCACCUACAGGUGUGAUUUAAAAAAAAAAAGAAAUAGGUUAGGUUGUUUGGCAUUUUUACAUGUAUUAAAUGAUGAUAGAUAAUCAUUUUAAAUGUAUAAGCUGUGUAAGAAGUAUCUGUAAUUGUAAACCCGCAUUAAAUCUCUUGGUUUCUUUCACUGUACAUGAGGGGAAAGUUUGGUGAUUCACACUUCACUUAGAAAUUGAAAUUGCCUGUGGUGAGAGGUUUCAUAUUACAAAUUAAGCGUUGAAAUAUCAUUCCACAACAACAUUUUUACUCAAACGCCGUCUCAGUCAUAAUUAUAGUGUUUGUGUCUAAUCUUUAAGAAAUGCCCUGGAUGACCAGAGAUGUUUCACACUACUCUGAGAGAGAUGUUUGUUACUUUGACUUGUUGUUAUAUCAUAUUAGUGUCAUCUAAGAAAUCUAAAUGGAAUGUGUUUAUGAAUUUCCAAUGGAAACGCACAAACAGGUGUCAUCUGGUCUAAAUA